AUGAAUCAGAGCGAUCACAGCCUGAUGGAUUUACCAUUAGAAAUCCAUUUAUCAUUACUAGAACACGUGCCGAUUGAGCUCCGAGCAGUUAACAAAUAUUUUUACGUUUUGCAUAACUAUAGCUAUAAAGAGAAGAGUUUGGCGUGGAUACCUGAAGAAAACGACCUAUGGGCCCUUAUCAAGCCCUCGUUGUGUCAAUACAUCAAUAGUUUGGACCCGCUAAGGCAGUACGCUAGACAGAUUAUCAGAAAUACGGUAGAACCAAGUCCUAGUGUGCCGCUUUCCGUGACCACGUUCAUCGCAGAUUCGUGGUAUAUAGUGUAUAACACGUUGCGAUAUCCUGGAAAGAUAAUCAACAACGAAUGGGACAAAUUUGGCAAAAAUCAAGACUCAGCUGCGGUGGAAACCAACAGCAGCUUUAAUAAUCGGCCCAAGGAGAGAACCCUCAUGCAGUCAUUGACUGCGUUACCUGUCGACUUUUGGUCCAGAAGAAAAGAUGAACCAACACCAGUAAACGUUUGGUUUUAUGUGAAAAACGCGCAUGUUGCCAGAUACAUACCAAAAGUCGUUACUGAAAUAGGGAUAUGCAACUACGGGCCGAAGCAAAUCGUGGCUAGUGCAGGUUACAUCAACGAGCUGAUCACAUCGGAGGGAAUAUAUUGUAUUAAUCUGGGGCAUCUGCCUAGACUAUACAACGAACAAAUUUUUGAGGGUACGGGUACAACGCAUCUUCCCCUGGAGUUGAGAACCAUUGAUAGAACGGAUUCAGAUGUUUGUGUUAAUGGCGAUUUAGUACUGUUAGGUUAUGACUUUAUUCCGUACGAAAUGACUAAACCGUGGUUGCUCUUUAGAAUUGAGCAGAUAAAUGGUGCUGAAUCCAUAUUCAACUAUAACGAGUGCUCUUUGUCAUAUGAGUUUGCAUGGGGUUUAGCGUGUUUACAAUCUGACGAAAACAUCAAAUUUCCCAAGGACAGAAUAAGCCGGCGCAAUUUCUCUUAUAAGCCCUUCAAGUUAAUAAGAACCUUUGUUUACAAGCAUCCGGAACAAAAGCAAGAUCUCGAUCGAGAAAUAGCAUUACCCAAUUGGAAUACACCUUAUCUUCGAAGAUGA